CCUUCUACUCUUCACAGGGAGAUACGGUAUAAGUCUUUCAGUUUGUAUUUAGUUCUACCUCUAAUCGGUCGUUUAUAACAUAUCUCAAGUAUCUAUACGUUAGAGUUCUCGUGGGAUUAUCCCUUAAAUAUUUACAGACUUGUGUUAAUCCAUCCGCAGACAUUAACAUAGUGGUUUGAAAAUCUCAACAGUGCGGUGCAGUUUUUUGGCUGAUUUUUGCCUCAACAUGUAUUCACUAAGGAUUGCUGUGGUUUUGGCUGUUUUUCUUGUCUGUCAGGUUUACUGCAGUUCAGAUCAAUUUGAAAGCAAAGAUGACCUGUAUGCUGAUGACGAUCCUCCGUCUCCAGAUUAUGAUGAAGAACCUGAAGAAGAUGACAGCAAUGGAACACCCGCAGAACCACCGGAAAUAAGGACUAAACCUUUAACAUUACGAACGAAUCAAGGCGAGACCGUAGAACUGCCUUGCGAUGUUGUUAAUGCAGAGGACUUUACAAUAAGCUGGUACAAAGACAACAUUACUUUAUCUUUUGGCGAUGCUCUUAUAAUUAACGAUAAAAAAAGAAUAACUGUAGCAGCAAAUCAUAGCCUUAUUAUUCAUAAUGUUACGAGAGAAGAUUCUUCAUCAAAUUAUACAUGCCAAAUAGUGAGCAAUCCACCUAUUAAGCUAGUUCAUUCUCUACACGUAACACGAGCUGAAUCUCCACUCUCUAAGGAUGAUACAAUCACCGUAUAUCCAGCAAGAAAAGUGGAGAUUGAUGAAAAUGGAACUAUAACACUACGUUGCACAUCUACACUUGUACCUCCAUCAGAAAUCAAAUGGUUUCACAAAGGCACGAGGUUGAACAAUAGUCAUGGAAUUGAAGUUAAUGAAAAUAGUGUUACAUUGAGAAAAGUAACAAGACAUCAUUCAGGACACUAUCAAUGCCUUGCUGAAGAUAAAUCGGAAACCCCACCAUCUCAAUCUAUUGAAGUGUUGGUUAACUUUGCGCCAGUAAUAGAAGUCGACCAUGACGUUAUUCAUACUGGUAUUGCUGUAGAAACGGAAUUAGUCUGCAGGGUUCAUGCUCAUCCUCAUGCUAGAGUAAGCUGGACAAAGAAUGACAAGCCAAUUUCAUUGAAAAAAGAAAAAAAAUAUAUGACAGACGAUAAAAAUCAUCGAGUUCUAACGAUUUAUCAUACUAAUAAACACGAUUUUGGAAAGUACAAAUGUAUAGCAAAAAAUCCUUUGGGUGAAGCGUAUAAAGAAAUAUUGGUCGAAGGUACACCAGCAAAACCAGAAUUUAUUGGUGGAGAAAUCGCUGAUGAUGAAACAACAAUGAUUUUGAAGUGGAAAGUCAAGAGUUUCUCGCCCAUCGUUGAGUACAAACUGGAAUAUCGUGAAAAAGGUGAUAAAGAGUGGAAGGUAUUAAGUCCAAGUGUACAAGAUGGAAGCGGAAAUGAAUUUGUGGUUGAACAUGCUAUAAAAGGUCUUCAGCCAAGCGUAUCGUAUGAAGCGACGUUGGUGGCUAAAAAUGACUUCGGAUGGUCACCAAAUGCUAAAAUUCACACGUUUAGCAAAGAAUAUGCAUCCGACGAACCACAAAAUGUGAAAGGAAAAUCGGAUGCAACGACGACACGAUCGUUUGCAGCACUUACAGCAGUACUCCUAGUCUUGUCAUAUAUUACUAUGAAUGUUUAAUUAAUUUACUACUUCAUACUACAUAGGUAAGAUAAUUCGCUGCAGCCAAAGCGUACACCAGCAAAUUUCAUGGUGGAAAUAAGAACGAAAAUUGCCUAGGGGAGUGCCUUUUCAACAUUACUUACAUUGUUGACAAGCCAUAGAAGCCUUUAUAUUAUGUCUUCGCCUUUCACCUCCGUCUUCCGAAAUGGAAAUUAUAAAAUCUGUGCCUCGAAUUUACAAUUAUAACAAUCAAGAUCUCUUGUGAUAUUUUUAGGGAAAAAUAUUAUUUACACUGUCAAAAUGUUCUUGAAAUUUGAGAGUUCAGUAAUGAUUAAUUUGAUGUAUUAUAUUAUAUACAUCAAGUUUUAUUUUAUAACUUUUUAUACACAUGUUUGAUUCUCAUAAUUUAUUUUAUAAAAAAUUUUUUAUAGUUUCCAUGACGUCGUG